UUGAUCCUAAUCACAACAUCUUUGCUUAUUUGGUUUUGAAAACAGGCCUUUUCUCCUAUUUUCAAAAGUAGGAAAUUUCAUCAUCAAUCAUCCCACCUUAAAACAUUUCCACUUUUAUGCAAUAGUAGCAUAUUUUUCAGGUAAAUCAGAACAACAAAUCCAUAGCUAUAAUGGCUCUUAACGUGAAUCGGAACGUUGCGGAUGCGUUUUAUCGUUACAAAAUGCCUCGGCUCUUGGCUAAGGUAGAAGGUAAAGGAAAUGGCAUCAAAACAGUCAUUGUCAACAUGACCGAGGUCGCUAAAGCACUAGGACGUCCACCAACAUAUCCCACCAAGUUUUUCGGCUGUGAAUUAGGAGCGCAAACGCAGUUUGAUAUCAAGAAUGAUCGCUUUAUCGUCAACGGAGCGCAUGAAGCAGGAAAGUUGCAGCAAAUGCUUGACAUUUUUAUCAAGAAAUUUGUUCUCUGUCCUGGUUGUGACAAUCCAGAAACUGUUCUUACGGUCUAUGCGAAGAAACAAACCAUUUCGCAAUCUUGUAAAGCUUGUGGAUACAAUGGGCAAUUGGAUAUGCGCCAUAAAUUAACCACGUUCAUCUUGAAAAAUCCCCCUGAAUUAAGCCCUGCUGCCCAAGGAGCGUCUCUCACUGAAGGCAAGAAAGCCAAGCGAGGAAAGAAAUCAGACGGCCAAUCUGGAGAGAAGGGUUCAGAUGGAUCAGAAAACGAAUUGGACGCGACUAAAGACGUCGAUGAGGAUGACUGGGCCGUAGACGUUAGUGAGGCCGCAGUAAAAGCACGUAUGGAAGACCUGACUAAUGGCGCUAAAGGGCUUACCAUCUCUGAUGACAUGGAGAAAACACCGAAGGAACGCAUCGAUUUGUUCUAUUCAUUCGUCAAACAACGUCGUGAUCAGGGAAUGCUAACCAAACCAGGAAUCGACAAGGACAUCGUUUCUGAAGCUGAACGCUUAGAUGUUAAAGAUAAGGCACCGUUGAUUCUGUGCGAAUUAAUAUUUGAUAGCAACAUUCUUUCGCAGAUGAAAAGCUUCCGCACUUUGCUGUCUCGCUCCACUCAAGGAAACCCAAAAGCCCAAAAGGCCUUGCUUGGCGGUGUUGAGUGCAUCAUUCAUCUUAACCAGGCUACUUUGCUGCCGAAAGUUCCACACAUCCUCAAGGGACUUUACGAUCUAGAUUUGGUCGAUGAAGAUGUUAUGAUCGACUGGGGUUCAAAGCCUAGUCGCAAGUACGUCAGCAAGGAACUGAAUGCCGAUAUUUUGGCAAAGGCUCAGCCGUUCAUCACCUGGCUGAAAGAGGCGGAAGAGGAAUCAGAGGAAGAUUCUGAUGAUUCUGAUGUUGAGAUCGAAUACGAUGAUCGAGCACGACCCGCCACCCUGAUCGAGCAGAGAAAUGCAGCCCCAUUAUCGACUAAAACGGCUGUGAAGUUAGCAGAAAACACAACACUCUGAACUGCCGUUGAAUAUCUGUCGUCUAAUGUUUUUGAGGAAAACGUGUCGGUGAUGUCAUCGGUGCUACAAGCACAUCGUUUGCGCAAGUUGGAGAGCAUCAGCAAAGCAACAACCAUGACUCAGGAGGAGAUCGUCAGCAGCACCAAGACGGUGUCACAGGGCUUGGAGGCGCUGCGAGCUGAGCACCAAUCCAUCCUGCAAGGGCUCAACGGAUCUCUAAAAGCCGCCACUCAGGAAAAGCUUGAUGCCAAUGUCAUCGAAGAGAAAGCCAAUCUGAUACAGAAAUCACUCGACAUGAUUGAUCUGGGACUCGGGGAAGCACAGGUUAUGGUGGCAUUGGCGACUCACUUGCAAGCGCUGGAAGCGGAAAAACAAAAAUUACGUGCACAAGUGCGUCGGUUGUGUCAAGAAAACGCCUGGCUUCGCGACGAGUUGGCAAAUACACAGCAACGCCUUCAGGCUUCAGAACAAGCCGUUGCUCAAUUAGAAGAGGACAAAAAACAUCUCGAGUUUGUCAAUACCAUCAAGAAAUAUGAUGCCGAUCAGGAAGAGUCCACAUCGGACGUAUCACAUAAAGAAAAAAGCGACGAUCCAACUAUUGAUCUCUUUCCGGAUGAUGAUGCUGAUGAACGUGGUCCAAUGUCACCUACUCCACCGUCGCAAUUAGCACAGCAAGCGAAUGCAGGGUAUGAAAUUCCCGCUCGACUUAGGACACUGCACAAUUUAGUUAUCCAGUAUGCUUCACAAGGACGCUACGAAGUAGCUGUCCCGCUGUGUAAACAGGCGCUAGAAGAUCUGGAGAAAACGAGUGGUCACGACCACCCCGAUGUUGCCACGAUGCUAAACAUUCUAGCCUUAGUCUAUCGAGACCAAAAUAAAUAUAAAGAGGCGGCCAACUUAUUGAACGAUGCAUUGAGCAUUCGAGAGAAGACGCUGGGAGAAAACCAUCCUGCCGUUGCUGCAACGCUGAACAAUCUUGCAGUCCUCUAUGGUAAGCGUGGCAAGUACAAGGAUGCCGAGCCUUUGUGCAAACGUGCUCUCGAGAUUCGCGAGAAGGUUCUUGGAAAGGAUCAUCCUGAUGUUGCCAAGCAGCUCAACAACUUGGCCUUACUCUGCCAGAAUCAGGGCAAAUACGAAGAAGUUGAGAGGUAUUAUCAGCGAGCACUGGAAAUAUACGAAAGCAAACUGGGUCCCGACGAUCCGAACGUGGCAAAGACCAAGAAUAAUUUGGCCUCGGCUUAUUUGAAACAAGGCAAAUACAAAGAAGCCGAAGUUCUCUACAAACAAGUGUUAACACGGGCUCAUGAACGUGAAUUUGGCGCUAUCGAUGGCGAUAACAAAACCAUUUGGCAAGUGGCCGAGGAACGUGAGGAGAACAAGGGACAGAACAAAAGCAACACACCUUACGGUGAUUAUGGCGGGUGGCACAAGGCUGCCAAAGUUGAUUCUCCUACAGUUACAACCACUCUAAAAAAUCUUGGUGCUCUCUACAGACGCCAAGGCAAAUAUGAAGCUGCCGAAACGCUCGAAGAUUGUGCUAUGCGCAGCAGCAGCAGCAAGCAUCCGCUUGAUAUGAAUCGACUGAGGAGCUCAAGACGCUCCAAUGAACCCAACGUUGAUCCAAAAGCGCGGAGUGCCAGAGAGAACGCAGCCAGACGUGGAUCCCACGAGUCCCUGGACUCUGUUCACACGGAAGUCUCCGACGAGUGGGUGGGCCGAACACGUCGCAGCGGUUCCUUUUCAAAGCUGCGUGCAUCCAUCCGGAAAAGCAGUGCAAAACUAAUGCAGAAAUUGGUUACGAGAGAUGACCCGUCUCCUUCCCUGGCCAUCGACUUCCCUUCCGGUUUGGCUUCCAGCAUGAAACGGUCAAACUCCCUGUCCGUCCUUAAUGCCCAGUUUCAACGGGAACAGAGCCUUAUAAGCAACUUGAUGGGACUCCGUGGUCGGACAACGAGCAUUGAAUUUAUUCGCCCGUCUCCUGCUGCAGCCGCUGCUAACGUUACGUAGCGUUAGAGACUAUAGUAUUAGACAACCUCAAACGAUAUUUCUUUGGCAAUUUUCAGUACUGUUUGCACUUCUGUUUAUUAUUUCAUCACGCUGUGAUCGGGCAGUCCUAAAUCGUUAGUUAUUAAGUGGCAGCCUAACGCGACUUUUAUUGUAAACUCUCAAACGGAAUUUAAUAUUCCUGCUUGAUUGAAGCUGCGUAUUAUACUUUCUCCUUUGCAUAUGAUUUGACUUGACAUGCGUAAUCAUCGUCACAAGGCAUUUUGUGUUGCUCUUCUUACAUCACGUAUGGGAAACUGUAAACUUUUUGCCUUUUUUAAUUUGUGUUUGAACAAGACGCGCGCGAACUAUUGUAUUUGAGCAUAACUUAAAUAAUUAAAUCCUAUUGCUUUGA